GUGCAUAUUAUUCAUUGUUUUCUAUUUCUGUGUGAGGGGCAUUAUUAGGGACUGACGCACGAUGUUUUCGACAAUUCGUAGGGCGGAAUUUUGAGUUGCGAAGUUAGGAGUCGGUGACGCACACGACUGACGACUCUGGCAGUGUGGCUGGCGGCAUCACCGUCACCGACUAGCUCAGAGGAAGGCUCAGAGCAUGUGAUAAGCGCGGUGGCCGCGGGGGGAAGCGUAGGCGAUCUCGAUCACGUCAUCAAGGAAGAGGGGCGACCACUUCGGCCAAUGUUUACUUGUUAUUUACAACCGCGCUAGUACACUCGCACAUUCCAACCCACUCGGCCGUUUGUCUAUUGUCUGUCGGUCUAAGUGCAUUUAAAGUGAAACCUCUUUUGUUGCAUUUCAUGUACUGUGAGUGCAUGUGGCAUAAGUUUUGUUGGUGAACUGUCCCAGUUUGCAUUCUCAGUGAACAGCUGUGUAUAUUCAAGCAACUAUGAAAUAAAAUGAAAUUUAGGUCUUGCGACAUAGCUUUGGAGCAAGUGCGGCUUCUUCUGUACAAAGAGUGUGAUCGUAGAGGAAGAAAAGUUUUGUUUGACUCUUCGACUAUUGAAAGAGUGCCUGCGACCAAAAAUGACAAACCAGACUUCAGAGACACGGAUAAGGUCCCCUGCAUUGUGGAGGUUACUGAGGGAUUUACAUAUAUUUAUAAAGGCCAAGCGUGCGAUACGGGCGUGCUCGGUGAGAUGAUAUUCGGCGCGGUCGCCAUGAACUGCAAGAGCGUAUCAUUGAAGAUUCACAUUAUGAACGACCCGAAAAGGUUGAUGUGCACGAAGUUGUUCAGUGUGCCAUCGCGUCGCGCGUCGCGACACGAGCGCAAGAUCACUGAGACGAGAAGCAGUGGCAACCUCAACGGCAGCUCCAAGCCACUGAACGUGCCGCAGUUGAAGGAGGAAGGUGUUUCUUUGAGCUUCUCUUUGGAUAGAGGUGAUUCUGGAUUUUAUGGUGAACAAUCGCCAUACAGCAGUGUGGGAUCAACGUGCGACUAUUUCUCCAUGUUCGACACGUGGGAGCAGAAUUCGUCCGAUGACUAUUGCUUUUAUUCGCCGAGCCGUGAACUCAGCAGCUCGAGCAGUGGCAGCUGGCAGCGCAGAACCUUCCAGAGCAUGGCCACGAGGUUCGACUUCACUAACAGUUCGUUGCAAGUGCCCACGUCUACCACCAUCUCGAGUUCUGAUUCUCAGCUGUAUAGCAAUAGCUCUUCAAGCGGCACGACGGAGUAUCUGACAAGUUCUCCGAUUACAACCAGAAGGGGAAAGCUUGGCCUCGCGCUACUCAUCGGCGUGGCUGAAACUGUCGAUAUGGACGUAGUACGUCGGUGUUUGGAGCACUCGCCGCAGCUGCAGGCGCUAGUGUGUCGGCUGCGGCUCGCCACGCUGGCGGCGGGCGUGGGGAACGCAUUCGUGUCCACCUUACACAAGGCUGCCAGUGAUGCGGCGGUGUGGUUGUCAGAUCUGAUGUUCGGUCCGCGGCUGCAGUCGGUGUGGCUGGACCUGCUCAGCAGCGCGCCGGAGCGCACCAACAAGCUCGCGAACACGCUGCUCGCCGACCUGUGCGCCGUGCUAGCGGUCGGCGACACCAAACACACCAACUUCUUCAUCAGCACGUUGCUAACGUACGUCCUCACGCAUCACCUCGGCUGGGUCACGACCGUCAGUCCGUACGACACUGUUGACCCGCACAGUACGCAGGAAAGCCGACGACCGUACAAUGCGCUGUGGGCACAGCUGACCGACCUCUGCGGCAGCGUUGGCUUCCCACCACGAUCCGCCAGGACCAUCAUAAUCGGCUCCACCGACGUACAAUUCGUGAACAGACUUCUCGCCGUGCUAACGUACUUCAUACGUUGCGGCGACGUCGAGAAAAACAGUUACGAGUAUCAAGACUGCAUUUUCGGUGAAGCUAAAGUUGUGCCGGUGAAUAAAAAAUGUUCCGAUUCGGACAGGACUGCCAAACUUUUGGAAGUGAAAGAGUGCACGAGAGACAGUUUAAGAGUACCCUCGUUCAAUAGAAGCAGUGGAAGUAGUGUUAGUACUUUAGUGUCGAGUGAAAGUGGUCUGAGAAAGUCGACGACGCUCGCGAAUUUAAGUCGGAAGCUCUCUAGUUCGGAUGCGAUAGAUGGCAGCACUAGCGCUGAUUGUCAGCCCAAAACUUUGCGGAGACAGCCGACGAUGAUGAUCUCGUUGAAGGACUCUGCGGACUCCAAUUCAGACUUGUCGACGUCGGCCGACAGCGAUAAUAAAGUUCUUUUCGUACUCGGCGAUGAUGAAAAGCUGGUGGGGUUGAAGAACAAGUCUAACGGAGGGAAGUGCGUUAAGAAGUCGUCUAAGGUCGAAUUGGAAACCACCGAGAGAGCCUGUACCGAAGACCACGUCAAAGAGAAGUCCAGGAGUCCCGACAGCCCUUCGAAGUGCUGCGCGCAAACACUACAACAUUCCAAGCCAAUAAAACAUUCCGGUUUUAAGUUCGAGUUCGAUAAGUACCCGCAGAUAGUCACUAAUUAUAUGAAGAGUAAAAACUUAGAGAUUUUAGAUAGGCACUAUAUAGGAAAGCCGGGGAAUCUGAAGCUGGAGAACUUUCAGUUCGACCCCACCUUCGUUCCCCCGAUACAGGAGGAGAGAUGCGAGACUUGUUACAAGUGCCAGCUGUUGGAGUCGAUGUUGCAAACGCCCACCAACGCCUCGGAAAUGGAGUACAUGAACGACAUGCCGCGGCAAACUGAACCGCAGUACGCGAAGGAAACCAUAGUGAGUGAUACGGAACAAUAUCGGGAGAUGUCACCGAAAACGUUCAUCAGGAAGCGUAAAGAGAACACAGUUGUAGUGAAUGUUAAGAGUAAGGUCGAUAAAUGUGUCUCGCGGAACGUUUGUACGUUUAGUGUUAAAUUAGAGGGCGAGAGUGCUGCGGAGGAGGACGAUAAGUUAGAAGUGAAGCGAGUGAUAGAGUUCCCGUUGCCGCGGAUGAGUACGCAGUUCCGCACGCAAAUGCAUUCCGGCUAUGACGUCACUCUAUUCAGUGGACUCACAAACCAUUAUGUACCUGAUUUAGUUUUACAAGGGACGUUAGCAAAUCCUAGCACAUGGGAGGCGGAGCUGAGGCGAGACCUGGACUUGUCGUCGUAUCUGCACAAGAGUGUGGACGCGCCGAUACAGUCCGUCGCGAUCGUAGGGGACACUAACACGUGGGAGGUGCGACUGAUCGGGCGCGCGUGCGGUAGCGGCGGCCUCUCCCCGCUCGUGGGCGGCAUGCUGGACGCGGUCACAGCCAUGCGCAGAUCACAAAUACCGCCACAACAGUGUCUCACAUAUCUGGAGAGCAAGCUUCGCGAGUUCUGCGUGCUUUCCAAAACGUUGGCCGACAUGUUGAUGUCGACGGACUUCUGCGACAUCGCCACUCUCACCAGGUCACUGAACAUCGACGAGAACGACGUGCCGCUACUGCUGGCGGUGGCGACCACGCAUACGCCGCAAGUCACAAGAAGAUACGGCAUCAGUUACAGGUGAUGGUGCGUUUUUGGUAGAACUGAGUCUCCCAAUAUAAGCCACAGAAACACAGUUCUGUUCAAGACUCAAUGUAGAAAUGUCCUGUGUUCCGUUGGUCUAUUUUUGUCACAAGGAGAUACAGCAUCAGUUGUAGGUAAUGAUGCGUUUUUUAGAAAAAAAUUGUCUCCUAAUAUAUACUAGUAAGCCACAUGACCACAGUUAAGACAAUGUUGAAAUGUCUUGUGUUCCGUUGAUCUACUUUUCUCACAAGGAGAUACGGCAUCAGAUUUAGGUAAUGAUGCGUUUUUAGAAAAAUUGAGUCUCUUAAUAUGUACUAGUAAGCCACAUGACCAUAACUAAGACUCAAUGUUGAAAUGUCCCGUGUUCCGUUGGUCUAUUUUUGUCACAAGGGAAUACGGCAUCAGUUGUAGGUAAUGAUGCGCUUUUAGAAGAAUGGAGUCUCAAUAUAACCACAUAGCCACAGUUAAGGAAACAAAAGUCAAUGUUCAGAGGUCCUGUGUUGGUCCAUUUUUGUCGUAAGGAGAUAAGGCAUCAGUUUUGUUAAUGAUGCGAUUUUAGAAGACUACGGUGUUUCACAAUAUAACGUAUAAGCCUCAUAGCCACGGUUCAGACUCUAUGUUGAGAGGUUUCGUAUUCCGUUGGUAUAUUUUUGUCACAAGGAGAUAAGGCAUCAGUAGGAUCAGUUCAGUAGUAAUGGUAUCGUUUUGGAAGACAGAGUCUCCUUAUGUGACCGCACAUAUAUGUAUAAGCCACAUAAUGACGGUUAAGGGAAAGGGUGGAUAGGGAAAGAGUGGAAAGGGAAAGGAUAAGGUUAAGGGUAAAUGUUGAGAGGACCUGGGUUCCGCUGGUCUAUUUUUGUCACAAGGAUACUCGUAUAAGGCAUCAGUUAUAAGUAAUGGUGCGUUUUUAGAGGAAAACCGAGUCUCAAAUUAAAUCAAGUCAAAAAUCAUUUAUUUCAAGUAGGCUCAGUUUACAAGCACUUUUGACACGUCAGUUGACUAUUUGUAAAGAUUCUACCACCGGUUCGGAAGGCAGGUUCUGCUGAGAAGAUACCGGCAAGAAACUCAACAGUUGCUCUUUUGAAAAGUCAUACAGUAUUAUAAUUUACAAUUGAUAACAAUUACAAUUUCUUAUAGUUUUAUUUCCUGUGUGAAGGUGGAAGCUGAUCCAAUGGCCUCCAAGCGCUUUUAUCUUUAAGGAACUCAUCAAUGUUGUAGUAACCUCGACUAAGUAAAUGUUAAUGUCUCCCAAUAUAACCUAUGUUAAUGUCUCCCAAUAUAACCUACAAGCUACAUAAGCACAUUUAAGGGGUCAGACUCAUGGUUGAGGUCUUAUUGUUUUGUCCCUACUCAGUACUCUCAGCACAGGUUUAUUUUUUGUUUAUUUGGACGGUAAUACUUAUCAAGUUUUAUAAAGAAAGGGUUUUGAAAUCUGUCUAAACUUUGUAUCUAUGAGCAUUCAUUACAACUUGUGGCUAACUUAUUAAAUAAUGCGAUUGUUUAAUAUUAUUAUUUAUUGCUUAAAGUCUGUAAUCAAGUGUAUAUACUACGAGUUUUUAUUAAUAAAGUAUAUUUUUAAUUUAUUCCAUCCACUAGCCAAAUAUAAUGUAAUAUUGUUUUAUAUCGUUAAAGUAAAAAGUAUUAUAAUGUGUGAAACAUUCAGUGUUGUUCAAGGUAAAAGGGGCCAUCAAUAAAUUUUUGGAAUUAUACGAGUGACGUAAUAUCGCGAAGAUUGUGUGACAUUAUUUUUGAAAUGGCCCCAAAUGAGUGGAUCUUUUUUUGCAAUUUAUCGCUUUAAUGUUUAUUAUGUAAGUUAUACUUAUUUAAUAAUAAAUGGGUUAUAAUAAUGAGAGAUC